GCUCAAAACGGCUAGUCUGUACUGUAGCAGACUCCGCGCCAAAAUCUAUUCUUAGAUCCCGUUUUGUCUACAAGUAUCAUCUUCCCCGCACUCACUCACGUUUAUAAAAGCAUCGAAAGCAGAGUUUUGAUAUUUACCCACAACCAAAUGAAACGAAAGGCAGCAUUUGUGGAAGAAGAGGGUUUGGAGACUGGCGAAGCUGUACUAGGCACCGAAAGCAGUGCUUCGAUUUUCCUACCGCCUGGACAGAGCAGCGAGCGGAGGAAGACGUGGAGGAGGAGCGGCUCGGAUUUUGUCAGCGAUUUAGAGUCCACGCACCUCGGUACCGUCCUCAAUGUCGUUGAGCAAUCGAAGAACGAAGGGGGGUUGUUGACCGUUGUCGCCGGGGAGCACGAGGACAAUGCCGAGGUUUGGGAAGAGUGCAAAAAUGCCGGGACAAAGUUUCGAUUGUUUGCGCUGAAAGAUUCCAUAAUCAAUGGCGAGACUAAAACCUACGUUGUUCGGGAGAUUUUGCUCUCGAAGGAAGGUGGUGACCUUGAUCGUGAGAAUCCGAACAUUAUUAUCGGUCAACGCAAAUUUUCACCAAAUGGCCGCAUCCGCCUCGAAGCGCAUCGACUGUUUUUCCGCGGACGCCCUGAUAUCGAUCGUCCGUAUAUCUUCCCCAAACUUGGGGACGAGAUUCCCGGCGUCGGAUGCCCGGAUCUGCAUUGCACGUUUCGUGCCAUCCGCGAUUGGGAGACGGUUGUCAAGUGUGCGGAUUUCGCAGGCUGUGAUCGUAACGUUACAGUCGAAAUUUCUGCAAAUGAUGCAAGGAGUGGCAAAGUGAUUGUAUUUGACAUUGAACGGGAUGAACUGGUGCCGUUGGCUGCGAAGCCUACUGUGGGUGUGAUGAUCUCCUGUGCAGAUUUUGAGCCCCUUUACAAACGUUUGGAUUCGUCAGUGGAGGGCAAUGAAAAGGUAUAUUUGAGCCCAUCGUCGAAGAAGAGGAGAAUGGGUGAUAGAGAGGAUGAUGAGGCAAACACAGCGACGACCAUUGAACUGAAGCUUAUCGGAAUGGGCCCUCAAAUCGAGAACCACCGUUUGAGAGCGGAUUUGAAUAUCAAUUUAGUGUUGAAACAUUGAAAUAGCAAUUCGGUAUUUCUCUGAUGUUUUUAUAAUAUGGGUACCAUUUAUUUCAUUGCAGAUCAGUUGAGAGCACCAAG